CGGAUUUUGGCCAGGUGGGAUGCUACCGUCCCACGUACCCCAGAGAGAUAUUUUUUUAAAGUAAACAUUGGCUUUUAAUUAUAUCAUCCUUUUUUUACAUGGUGGGGUCACAAGUUUUUUUUUUAUCAAAAAAGUUGGGGAACCCCUGCCCUAACCUAAUCUUAAUCCUAAUUUUAACCCUAACCUUAACCCCCAAACCUAACCUUAAUCCUAACCCUAAACCUAAACCUAGCUCCUAACCCUAACUGUAUCUCCUCACCUAAUUCUAACAUCAACCCCAACUAAACCCCUUAGAAAUAGCAUUUGACCUUGUGGGGACUAACAAAAUGACCCCAGUUGGGCAAAUGUUUGUUUGUUUACUAUUCUAUUCUGGUCCCCACAAGUAUAGUUAAACGCGUACACACACACACACACACACACACACACACACAGAGAUGCACACAUCCAGUAAGCACUGACUGACGUAGGAUGUCCAUGGAUGUUGAAAACUUGGUGAAAUUUGGUCAGUCCAUCUUGGUAUUGAUUUCAACAUCAACAGAAGUUAAUUUCCAGACAGAUCUUGAUUUGGCCCUGGUUCAGAUUUGGUCCGCUCUGGACCACCCUUGAUUUGGCCCAAACAUGGACAUCUAUGAUUUCUUAAGAUUUGGUCAGCUCUGGACGGGCCUAUGUUGGGUUCAGAUUUCGUCCUGUCUGGACUAACCACAUUUUUAUCAAUGUCCGUAAAAUACGUAUUUUCAAUGUCUGUAAAAUACGUUUUCAACUUUCACUUAGAGCUGAAAAUGAACAUGACUUCAACCUCCGUAAUUAUGUCUUUUCAACUUCUUUCCAACAUCAUUUUGCUCACUGGGCACUCAUUUCAUACAGUUCUUUUUAGCCAGAAUUGUCCACUCAGUAACAAUUUCCACAGUUUUCCAAGGAGUCCUGGAUUCCAUAGAAUCAAUAAAAACAUACACAUCACAUAAAAGUUGUCUAGAUAAAAACACACAUACACAUAAGCAUACACAGCAUACCCAGUAGUAAACAUACACAAAUAUGUACACACAUACAGCAUAUGCAAUGUACAUACCAUUUUUAAGGACAACUUGUUGUAUGUUUUAGUUAUAUGACAUACAGAAUGUUUUUUUAGAAGUGUGCAUUAUGGUCAGAGAGGUGGUGGGUGGUGCCAAGGGAAAGCUUUACAUUGUUAUUGCAAUAUGCUCUUGUUAGUUUUGGAUGAGGUUUACUCUUUGCCACUGAUCUAAGAUCAGAUUUCUACUGCCCCAGCCUGAUCGCUAAGGGGGUUUGGAAAGGGUGUUGAUCCUACAUCUGAAUAUGAUUUUGAAUAUAGGUUUAGUUUUAGAUUCUUUUCACUAGUGGGUAAUUGAAAAGUUAAAGAAUUGAAAAUGACUUUUAGAACACACCUUAGAGAGCAUGCUGAAGCUAUAUAUGGACACCCCUGCUGUGUACCUUUCAUCCACUUCCUGACAUAGUAAACCCCAAUCCAUCUCCAAGUGCCAAGCAGAGACGCAUUUUUCCAGUCUUUGGUAUGGCUUGACCGGGGAUCGAACUCCCAGCCUUCCAAUGUCAGGGAGGGCAAAGCAUGAUCUUGACAAAGCAUGAUCUUGACACAGCAUGAUCUUGACACAGCAUGAUCUUAACACAGCAUGUGGUAAAAAACAAUACCAUGAAAAGUCUUAACAACACAAGAAUAACAAUAGAAUGAACCAUAUGUUGUUGUUUUUUACAAGAAGCUGCACUGUCAAGGAUCAUGAAUAUAUUGGUCUUGUCGUGAUUUUAUUGUUUUUGCUGGUAGAGACAGCAGACCACUCUCUACCAGAUCAGAUACUCAUCAUGAGAGUGGCUGAGAGUGAGUGAGAGGAAGUGUGAACAGAGCAACAAAUGAUUGCGAAACUCAAUGUAUGCUGUAUUAGGCUAGAGUGGGAGGGUGUAUGUAGUGUAGUGGGGAGGUGAUCAUACUCAGUGCAUGGACACUCUAUAAGAUGCUCAUUUGCAUUUGCCUCACUCUAUCUGACUGAUUGAAACUUUACACACCGUUCUCUCUCUGUCAAGAUUUAUUUUGGUUAAGACAAGUUUUGCUUUCUGUGACUGCUCUUUGGGGAGAUGGUCGUUUCUGUGAAGGAUUUCCACAUUUCUCAUAUCUGGAGGUUUUUUUCCACUACUGUGUGUCUUGUCUUUUCUGCUGACAAGACGACCUGAGGAGUCAUACUGUACAACCCACACUAGUGUUUGGUCUUGCUCUGGGAAAAUAAUCUCUCUGUGUCUCUCGUUGUGUUCCGGGACACCUGGUGCGUGGACCUCGCUCAGGUACUACUUAACUACCUCUUGGAGGAUCCUUUUUCAGUUCCUUAUAUUCUCUGAUCGGAGAGAUCAUGGCUGAGGGUGGUGUCCCGUACCCCUCCGUGUUCAUGGUGGAUAGCCAUGCAGCAUUCCCAUCGCUGCCCCCCAAACCGAGACCUCCUGGUCGGGGUGGUGUGGCCCAAAGCCUGCUGUUCUUGCUGGUUGGUCUGGCUUUGUGUGGCUUGGCCAUAGAGGCCUGCUUCAUCUACCACCUCUACUCCAAACAGGGAUCUGUGGAGUCAGGGUCAGCUGGUAUGAGUAUCCAAGACCAAGAGGACAUUCCGAAGGAGGUUCCCCCAACUUCAAGACCAAACCCUAUUGUGUUGCCUUCAAAACCUGUUGCACAUCUGACAGCUGGACCUCAAGCACCCCAUGGAGAUGGAGUCAUGGUAUGGAACAUGCAGGCAGAACCAAUCCUCCAUGAAAUGGAGUACAAAGAUGGGAAGCUUGUCAUCCAGAAGGAAGGCUACUACUACGUCUACUCUAAGAUCUUCUUCAGUGAGGUCGAUGUUGCGUUCACACACUCGGUCUGCAGAACUACUCCACGGUACCUUGGGAAGGACAUUGAACUCCUUGAGUCCAGGAGAUAUUACCCCAAGUUUGGUAAAAUUAUGUCCACAUCAAAUAGCUACCUGGGAGGGGUGUUCCACCUCUUUGAAGAUGACUCCAUCUUUGUCAAAGUGAAAAAUGUCACUCAAGUUCGGAUACAACAUUCCACAGAGAACGUGUUUGGUAUCUAUAUGAUAUAAUACGGGUUGAUGAUGAACAUACUUUUUUUAGAUAGCUGGCUGAUUAUCAUUGGUUUAAGGCAUAAUAAUACUGUAGGCCAAUUUACAUGUAAUAUUGUUACGCAGGGCCUUCCCCCUCAUUUUCUUUAAACAAAUCCUUGCAUCAAGAUGCAAUUCGAUGCGUGGAAAAUGUACUGUUGAAGAAAAAGCCCCUUUAUAAUAAAGCCAUAAUAAUGUUUGCCAUACACUAGGCUACAGUUGAGCAGAGGCGUUUUUAGGAUUUCCACACAUGGAUUUUUUUUAGCAGGGUCGUAAAAGAAUCCGCCUUUGAAAAAAGGCAUUUCAUGCAGUUCUACGUCAUUUACAUGAAAGACAUUGGAUGUAUCUUUUUAUUACCGCACAACUGACUGAAAUGGCUGGCUACUCUGACACUGACAAACUGAGAUCAAUCUGGUCUUGAAUUCAAACAAACAAUAGCCCAGGCCAAUGAAGCGACACACAGAUUGUACAAUAUUAGGAGGCAAUAUAUAUAUAUAUACUGUAUAUCAUAGUUUACAGUAGGUUACUAAAUAAAAUGUAGAGUGGAGGGCCUCCCGGGUGGCGCAGUGGUCUAAGGCACUGUUUCGCAGUGCUAGCUGUGCUAGCUCUGUCGCAGCCGGCCGCAACCGGGAGGCACAUGGGGCAGCGCACAAUUGGCCCAGCGUCGUCUGGGUUAGGGAGGGUUUGGCCGGUAGGGAUAUCCUUGUCUCAUCGCGCACUAGCGACACCUGUGACAGGUCGGGUGCAGUGCACACUGACCAGGUCGCUAGGUGUACAGUGUUUCCUCCGAUACAUUGGUGUGGCUGGCUUCUGGGUUGGAUGCGCGCUGUGUCAAGAAGCAAUGCGGCUUGGUUGGGUUGUGUUUUGGAGGAUGCAUGGCUCUCGACCUUCGCCUCUCCCGAGUCCGUACGGGAGUUGCAGCAAUGAGACAAGACAGUAACUAGUACCAAUUGGAUACCACAAAAUUGGGGUAAAAAAAAUACAUGUUGAGUGGCACACUGAUUCACCUAAUGAUGAAGAUGAAGUCAUAGGCUUCUCACGGUGAGGGCUGAUGCACUAGUUGUGGCAAUAGCCUAUCUCAAGAUGAGCUACUUUGAAAAACAGUGCUGCUGUUAGCUAAAAAUUGGGAGUUGUUAUUAAGAAAAACAAUUUAUUGGUUCUAAAGACAGAUUUGGUCAGGAGGUAACACAUUAUGUUGAUAGUUUGCCCUCAAGAACAAGAACAAAAUAACUGCAUGAACAUUACCUCUGUAUGCUAGUGUUCAAUGCAUAUUUGUAUUCUUUAUUCUCUUAUAUAUUAUUCUCUUUAUUCUGUUAUAUUGACCUGAUUAAAAAUAAUAUAUCCAUAAUAGUAUAAGGAAAUACAUAAUAUAGAUAUAGGGAAAAAUAUUUAGAUAUUUAGAUCAUUCGAAAAAUUGACAAGUAGAUAUAUUCUACGUUUUUGAAACAAUUUAAGAAUACCUGAUAUUCAGGUAAAUUGCAUGUAAACCACUGCAUAAUGAUAAGGUCAAAUGUUGGACUAUCUUUUUCCCUCUUUGUAUACCCUCCAUAAAAUGACCAAGUAAUUAACUCAUUUCAGUACCCUCAACAUGUUGUAUUUCACCUUUUGGUGUUUUAUAUUUAUUUAACAUUUUAUACAAAUGUAAAGUAGUCAUUGUCCUCCAUAUUCUGAUAAACACGACUUAUCAACUUCCAUAUAUAGUGAGAAAUAAAAUAAAAUAUGUUUUUUUCUUCUUGGACGCUAACGCUAUGCAAGCAGUAGGCUAUAGCUGUAACACAUACUGGGUAUUUUGUAUAUUCUAUCCUGCAAAUAUUAAAAUAAAUAAAUGUUGAAUUUUUUAUCUU